AUGAUAGGCGGGCUGAAGAGUUGCAUAGAACAGCCAUCUUUGCCCAAGCCUUCUACCCUUCUGCCGCAAGACAAGGCGUGUGAUACGGGCGGGAAAAGGAUCUUCCUUGACGUACAGUCAACUACGCCUGUUGAUCCCCGGGUUCUCGAUGCAAUGCUUCCGUUUUACACAACAGUAUUCGGGAACCCACACUCAAGGACACACCGGUAUGGAUGGCAAGCAGAGGCUGCAGUGGAGAAAGCCAGAUCCCAGGUGGCCUCUCUUAUAGGCUGCGAUCCCAAGGAAAUAAUAUUUACUAGUGGAGCAACAGAGAGCAACAAUCUGGCGCUUAAAGGGGUUUCCGGCUUUAAGCUCAAGGAGGGAAAGGCUGCUCAUAUAAUAACGCUGCAGACGGAGCACAAAUGCAUUCUUGACACAUGCAGGAAUCUGGAGGAGAACGGUGUGGAGGUUACAUACCUUCCUGUUGGAAAUGAUGGUGUGGUUGAUAUUGAUGACGUUAAGAAGAGUAUAAAAGAGAAUACCGUUCUGGUGUCUAUAGGUGCAGUAAAUAGUGAGAUAGGGACUGUCCAGCCACUGAAGGAGAUUGGAAUGCUGUGUAAAGAAAGGGGGGUUCUUUUCCACACGGAUGCAGCACAGGGAGUCGGGAAGAUCCAGAUUGAUGUUAACGAGAUGAACAUAGAUCUUCUGAGCAUGUGUGCCCACAAAAUCUAUGGCCCGAAGGGGAUAGGAGCUUUGUAUGUUAGGCGAAGACCUCGAGUCAGAAUGGUUCCUCUGAUCAACGGGGGAGGGCAGGAAAGAGGGCUUCGGAGCGGAACCGUUGCAUCUCCCCUGGUAGUAGGGUUUGGGAAGGCUGCAGAGAUAUGUUCGAAAGAAAUGAAGCGAGACUUUGAGCACAUCAAAGAGCUUUCAAAGAAGCUAAAGAAUAUGUUCAAGAAAAACAUUGAAGGAGUGAUCAUCAAUGGAUCUGAGAAAGGAUUCCCGGGGUGUGUGAAUGUGUCAUUUCCAUUUGUGGAGGGAGAAAGCCUUCUAAUGCAUCUGAAAGACAUUGCACUUAGCAGUGGAAGCGCCUGCACAUCUGCUUCACUAGAGCCGUCGUACGUACUUAGAGCAUUGGGCAGAGAUGAUGAGCUGGCACACUCUUCGAUAAGAUUUGGAAUUGGGAGGUUUACAAUGGCCAAAGAGAUUGACAUAGUAGCAAAUAAGACUGUCGAGGCAGUCCAGAAGUUGAGAGAGAUGUCUCCCCUCUAUGAAAUGGUUAAAGAGGGAAUAGAUCUGAGCAAGAUCAGUUGGACCUCGUGA